UUGCGCCAUUUUGUUCGCUCACUUUGGUGAUUGGGCUUUAGAACCCUGUACUGGAGCCAAUCAGAAGGAUACCGGACAGCGGAGACACGGAAGUGACAAUAACAGGAAGUGACUAGCUGACCAUGGAGUACACCACCGCCACCACCUCGACUGGGGAGCAGAUAGUCGUGCAGACAUCCAAUGGACAGAUACAACAACAGGUCCAGGGUCAGCCCCUGAUGGUGCAGGUGAGCGGAGGGCAGUUGAUCACGUCGUCAGGGCAACCCAUCAUGGUGCAGGCUAUGGGUGGGGGACAGGGACAGACCAUCAUGCAGGUGCCUGUGUCUGGAGGACAGGGACUACAACAGAUCCAGCUGCAGGGUGGACAGCAGAUCCAGCUGCAGAACGGCCAGACGAUCCAUCUAGGGGGACAGCAGAUCCAGCUGCAGGGCGGACAGAUGUUACAGCUCGGGGGACAGCAGGGUCAAACCCAACAGAUCAUCAUCCAACAGCCACAACAAGCCAUCACAGCCGGACAGAACCAGGGCCAGCAGAUCCAGUUGCAGCAGGGCCAGCAGCUGGCGCAGACGGCUGACGGACAGACCAUCGUCUACCAGCCGGUCAACGCAGACGGCACCGUCCUGCAACAGGGAGGCUUUUUCUCCCCAGGAAUGAUCACCAUCCCAGCAGGCAGUCUGACGGGGGCCCAGAUGGUACAGACAGGGGGCGCCAACACCACCACUACCAACAGUGGACAGCAGGGCACCGUGACCGUCACCCUGCCAGUCUCGGGCAACAUGAUGAACACCGGUGGCAUGGUCAUGAUGAUGCCUAGUGGAGGUGCGGUGCCUGCUAUGCAGCGUAUCCCUCUACCCGGGGCUGAGAUGUUAGAGGAGGAACCUCUGUACGUCAACGCUAAACAGUACCAUCGCAUCCUGAAGAGAAGACAGGCCCGCGCCAAGCUGGAGGCUGAGGGCAAGAUCCCUAAAGAGAGGAGGAAAUACCUGCACGAGUCCCGUCACCGUCACGCCAUGCAGCGCAAGAGGGGAGACGGAGGACGCUUUUUCUCUCCCAAGGAGAGGGAGGAGAUGGCCCUGGCCCUGCAACAGGCAGAGCUGGCCGCCCAGGCAGGAGAAGACGAUGUAGCUCAGAUGGUCCGAGUUUCUUAGCACCUACAACCCCCGACCACCCCUCCGUCAGUCAGUCGAGGCCCUCUGAGCCCCCCACCCACCCACCCCACCCAGCUAGCCAGCACCCAGCUACACCGCUCAUCUCCUAAGAAUAAUAAUAAUUGGAUUGGAUUGAUAGAGCACUUUUCCAGACACUCAAAGUUCUUUACAAUGUAAGGAGGAAACUCAUCCAAGAACUACAAAUAUGUAGCUCCUAUCCGGAAGAUGCCAUGGCAGACAUAAACCUGUAUUCUCCCAUCACCUCUACUCAACAAUAUGAUAUCCCUAUGACUGGUGUCCUCCAUGAUGGGUCACUAGGAGUUAACUUUAACCCUUGACCUCCCAACGCCCUGGUCUUCCAGACCUGGCUCUGUGACUGGCUGCAGUGGCUGAGGUAUUCAGUAAGAUGUGAAAGUUAAGAUUUACUGGGACUGCAGCGCUCUGUCCUGGAAACCAAGACGAACGAUGAGAUGUUUCACCUGCAUAAUACCACCGGUCAAAGACUUCAUGUUUGCUGACAAAGUCAUAACUGCUGGUAGUUAGUUGCAGAAUACAUUUUGUUUGGUCGUAAAGCAGCUCAUUUUUUUUGUUGUUGGUGUGUUUCACAAAUGCAAAAAGAAUCUGUUUACAAAUUCAGCUGUAAAUGAGUCAAAAUGAUGGAACACUUAUUGUUGCCCUGUAUGUGUCUUUUGUUGAAACAUGCAACACCAUAGAAGCCCAGCCUUGGUCCAUAAGGAUUGUCAAAUAUUGUUUCCAAAAUGGAUAUUAGUUAGAACGCUUUUUUUGUAAGCACUUCUCAGCAGGGUCCAAUUUCAAAAUGUUCUCAUAGAGAAGUAUAGAGGAACAUUUUUAACUUCAGUUUACUUCCUGAAUUGAAAUGGAAGUGACCCCAAGUCUUGCAUUUCAGAUGUGAUUUCAAUAUCCAGUCCCCAGUUAUUGUCUGUACAGGGAAUAUGUAUUUUAUAUCACUUUUUUUUUCUUCUUUGUAGCGAAAUAGACACAUUUAUGUUGACACGACGUCUGAAUGACCCGUGUACUUUGUCUGAUUUACUUUAGGGUGUCUUGUUUUUUUUGAAGAGUAUGUUUUAUAUUCUUCUGAAGCAGUCCUCCAAAACAUUUUUUUUUUUUUUGUGGUUGACACCAUUGUUUCAAAGAGCUCAUCUGUUCAUUAAAUUCUAUUACGUUGACUUGAAGUCA